AAACGGGGCAAAAUACUUUCCUCGUAUCGUGCACAAUAUACUGUUUAACAUAUGGUGUGUAUGCGACUCGUGUGUGUAUAUAUAUAUUUUUUUAAAUAUAAGCGUACCACAUAUAUAUAUCGCCACUCAUUUUUUGAUGUGCUAUUGCUGCUUUGGUAACACGGACAUGCGCAUUCGAUUCUGAUUACAUAGAAGAUUUUGACACUAAAUUGGCUGUUCAGUUGAGAUUCUGUGUUAAAUUGUAAAUUUUCGAGUGCAGUUGCAAACAUAAAACGGUCUUUUGUCACAUCCACACACACACACACACACACACACACACACACACACAUAUAUAUACAUUUGUUUCCUGACAAACUGAAUUCACAUCACACAAAUUCAUCACAACAUUAACGGCAACAGCAGCAGCCGGAGGAAUCGUGAUUAUUUUUAGUCAUCAUUUCGUUGAUAUUAUUCAAUGAGAAUUUUGUUUUUCAUUUUUUUCAACCGAGUUUUGUUUGUUAUAAAGUGAAUUUGAAUACAUCCCGAACGGAGAUAGGGAACAAACAUAGAACCGGGGCUAAAACGUAUUUAGUGAAUUCAACACACGCACAAACCCAAAAUUCGAUUAGACAAAUGGCAAAUAGAAAUGUGAUAAAAACAAAACCAUACUAAUCAAUGAAUGAAAUGAAAUGAGCGUUGCCACAGUGCAAUGCAUUUUGUAAAUUUGAACGAAAGAAACAAAGAAAUUGCCGUCAAAUAAAUUGAAAAAAGGAGCAUUUACGGUUGACCUCUUUACGAUGACGAUGUCUUUCAAUUCUACAUUCAUUGACUUUAUCACAUUUUCGCAAUUCAUAAAUUCAAAUGUGUAAUAUGAACAGAGCAUACAGCUAAAAUGAAAGUGCACAAAAUUUCACGUCUAUCGUUACAAUUCAGGCGUCGUAUUCAAAUAAUGUGUUUGUGGACUUUUGUGUGAAUUAUGACUGUUAUUGAAAUACUGAUAAAUGAAAACAAAAGCAAUAUGGCCAAUUUCAAGAAUGUUGACACUCAAUUAAAAGGAAAAUAAAACGAAACAUUUACUUGAACUUGUUGAUUUUGGUUGCUUUUUUUACAUUUUGGUUUUGCGUUUGUUAAAUAUAUCGAUAAAGUUACAAACGCAAAGUGGCCCGAUUUGCUCGCUAACACUCGCUUGCGCCUCGUGCAAAUACAGAAAAAAAAAAUUGCAAGCAACAGUAAUUCGCUCGAAAUGCAAACAUCAAAUUUGUCAAUAGAAUGUAACUGUAAUGUGAACACACAUUCGUGACGCUAUCAAAUAACGAAUCAUCGUCGUUGUCGACUCAGCAACAGCAAUGAAAUGUCCAUAGCAAUAAACUCCAAAUAGUAAUAUUUAGAAUAGUAACUUUUUAGUUUGCAAAAAUAAAAACACACACGCACAUACAAAGUGAAUUAGUAUCACAAUUGAAACCGGAUAAAGUAAACAUCUUCCUCCUUCGAGUUCGUAAUCAAACAAAGCAAAUUAAAAUAAAUAAAAUUCCCAACGGGAUUAAGUGUGACAAAAAACCAACGCUUAUCCAAACUGACUGAAAUUAAAAUAUUUUUUGUGCGUUAAUAUAAAAAGUACCAAUAAACAAAUGUGUCAUCAAUGAUGUCUUCGAACUAAAAAAAAAAUCAUUUAAAUUCAUAUCGGCUGUGUCUUCCGUUUCGAAAAGGCAUCGAUUGUGAGAAUAACAAAAGGAAUAUAUUUGUAAAGAAUUAAAACAACGCGAACUACAACAAAUUGUGAUAUUGCUGAAACAAACUAAAGAACCCUCUAGGAUAAUUUAAAGAUAAAACGCAUUUUUUUAAAAAAAUAAUAUAGAAAGAUGACAAAAUACACGUUGCUCGUCGAAAGUAAAUCGUACCGUUCCGGUACAGGGGUGUUUCCGUUAAAAAAUGGUCCAAUGUUUUUUCUAUUUGUAAUUGGUGUUACGAUCGGGGUAUCAUUUGCUGUGAUGUAUACACAGUACCAGUCGAUGGUCAACAAUCGAUCGCAUCAUCUGCAUUUGGAACGAUUGAUUGCCGACGAAGAACUAAUGCAUAUACUUAAUGAAAAUGCUAGCACCACCGUCGGUGGCAGUGGUGGCGGUGCGGCUAUUGCAGCCAAACAACAUUCCAGUGACUCCGAUGUGCAUGCCAUUGAGAAUCGAACAGUGUCCAUACAAUUAUACAAUGAUGUUCGUAUUUUGUGCUGGAUUCUAACGACACCGAAAAACCAUCAAACACGAGCAAUACAUGUGAAACGAACGUGGGGCAAACGAUGCAAUAAGCUCGUAUUUAUGAGCACACGUCAUGAUAAUUCAAUCGAUUCGGUUGCAUUGAAUGUAAGCAGCGAUACUCCAUCGAUGACAUGGGGCAAAACGAAACGUGCAUUUCAAUAUGUUUACCAACAUUAUCGCAACGAUGCCGAUUGGUUUUUGAAGGCUGACGACGAUACAUACGUGAUUUUGGAGAAUUUGCGAUAUUUUUUGUAUGCAUAUUCAACAAAUGAUCCAAUUUAUUUUGGAUAUAAAGUAAAUCAAGCGGACACACUUCGGCAAGGUUAUUUUUCAGGCGGUGCCGGCUAUGUUUUAAGUAAAAAUGCAUUACAUCGCUUUUCAAUGGCAUUAUCAUCGGGAAAAUCGAACUCGGGUUGUCGACUCGACACCGAUACGGGUAUUGAAGAUUUGGAGAUGGGAAAAUGCAUGGAAUCGUUGCGCAUUUUGGCCGGUGAUACACGCGAUGAAAUGAAACGAGGACGAUUCUUUCAUAAUACACCCGAAGCACAUCUGAUACCUGGUAAAAUUGAUAUGUCACAGUGGUAUUGGAAGCACAAAUGGUAUCAAUCGGUUGAAGGAUUAGAUUGCUGUUCCGAUAAUGCCAUCUCGUUUCAUCACAUUCGACCACAACAAAUGUACGUUCUUGACUAUUUAAUUUAUCACUUGAGACCGUAUGGCGUCGUUCCAUUUCCACAACCGUUACCGAAAAAAAUCAAUUUCACCGAAAUUGCUGCACAAUUACACGACGAAAAACCGGAUCCAAUGUUAAAUUAAUAAAAUCUGCUAUAAUGAAA